AUGGCGUUUGUAGCUUUGCUCCACGGCGCUUGUGCCGCCAUGAACAGCAGCGGCCCGCUCACGCAGGAGCGGGCCUGGGCCGCGGCGCCGGCGCUCUGCAACGGCACCGCCGAUCGGCCCGCGCCCAUGCUCGUCUUCGUGCACAUCUUCAAGAGCGCCGGGUCGACGACGCGCGCGACGCUCAAGGCCUGGUGCGCGCGGCGCCGCGGCGCGCGUCUCUCGUGCGGCUUCGCGACCGCGGGCACGUGCCGCCGCCGCCGGCUCACGCUCGAAAGCUUCGCGCGGAGCCUCGCGGUGAAGCGCCGCGGCGGCUCCGGCAAGGUCUGCACGCGCAACGGCCGGCCCCAGGCCAUCGGGUCGAGCCUCGACGUCGUCGCGGGCCACGUCUGGUACAACACCUUCCAAACCCCCCGUCCGACGAUCUACGUCACGUGCCUGCGCGAUCCGCUCGAUGGGCGCAUCUCCGGCCUGCUCUACACGGGGAACAAAAAGUACAAGAAGAUGAACGCGACGUCCGCCGCCGCGGACGUCGCCGCGCGACUGGUCGCCAAGGCGGCGGGGAGGCCCGUCUACGACAACGUGCUCAAGCGCGUCGGCGCGCCGGGCCGGAACCAGUCCUUCCACGGGAACAUGUCCGCCGACGUCGCGCGGGCCGCCGCGGAGCGCGCGACGACGGCCCUCGACGAGAACUUUGCGAUCGUCGGGCUGACGGAGCG